UUACAGGAGAGAAAUAAGAUGAACCAGCUGCAAAAUUUACUAACGGAUUGCUUAAUCAACACAAAAAAGGUUGAAAAUGCAGCUAUCUUUACCACAAAAAACGCAGCUGUAAGUGCAGCGUCCCAGAGGUUUAAUAUUGCGGUGCCACAGAUCCAGAUGUUAAUAGACUUCUUCCAGCAUACAAAUCAGAUGAGGGAGGAGGGUGUCCAUUUCCUGGGAAAGAAUUACACCUGCAUCAGAGCUGACAAGAACUCUAUAUACUGUAAAUCGAAUGAACAUGGGCUAAUAUUAGUGAGAACAGCUGUGUACGUAAUAGUUGCCACGUACAACGACAGCAUGUACUGUAGCGUGUGCGUGGAAGCAGUUGAGAAGUUGGGUAAGGUGGAUAACAGCCAUUCUUUUUUGCAGGAUCUACUGGUGUCCUGUGUACUGUCUUUGUGUCAAAAGAAAGCUAAAUCAAGCUAAUUAUAUCAAUUACAUUUCAUGUUCCAUUUGUACUCAGUGAGUAUGGAUUAUUGAGUGUGGUGUUUUUUCCUCCAGCUGAAUAUCUAAGAGAAAAGGGAAAAUGAAUCCAGAAGAAACUCAAGGAGGGAACAUCGUUUGGUAACAUGGAAUUCUGAUGCGUAAGCUUUGGGCAGCGUAACGCCACACUGAUAUGUUCUUAUUACGGAAACAGAGGUCACUUCAAGUGGCUCAUUGAACAUGUGUAAAUGGAUUAAGCUAUUAGAGCAACUUUAAGCCUAUAUAUCCUAACAACACUUCAUUCAGCCUUAGGAGUACACAGAAAAGCUGAAGUAACCAUUAGGCUAUAUGUUUUGUUGACAUUUUUCUUAUGUAACAAUUAUUUCAUUGCCAAAAUGUAAUUUACUCAUUAAAUGAUGUUACAGUA